AUGCCUCAUCAGGAGCCGGCCCCUGUGGCCAAGACGAACUCGUCCGACUUCACCAAGCUGUCUUCCAGCCUUCCCUUUGGCCAGAGGGUUCCUCUCUCCUCCAUCUCCGGCCCGACCUACGUGACCGCCCAGCUUCUCGUCCAGCAGAUCGCCUACAAGCUGUCCGACAAGAUCUUCUCCUACUCCCCCGAGACCUUCGACCUCGACAUUGCGCUCAAGGACUGGGCCUCCCAGAACGAGAAGAACAUCCACGGCUACUCCACCGACGUUCUGCCACUCCAGACCCGAGUCGGCGCUGGUGCUCUCGCCCUUGGCUACAUCUUCUCCCCCGACUUCGAUGUCUCCAAGCGACACAUCCCCCAGUCUCUGGUUGCGCCCUCGGGCAGCCUCCAGCAGCUGCGCGGAACCCUCGACCAGCUGUCCCUCCUCUAUGGAGUCUCCAGCCCCUUCGUCGCCCAUAUCGCCGCUCUGGACUACUCGGACAGCAAGGGCCUGAUCUCCAACUACGAUACUGCUCUUCGCAUUGCUGAGGAUCUCGGCCUCGGCCUGGUCGCCAGCACCUCUACCUACGAGGCCCAGCACAUGUCCGUCUUUGCCACUCUCCUGGCUUCUCUCCUGCCUACUCUUCACAUCUAUGAUGGUGUUCGUGUCGCCAGGGAAACUCUCCGCGUCGUUGAUGCCCUGAGCGAGAACGGCGUCGCCGAUCUGUACACCAAGCUCUCCGCCGAAGUCGGCAAGCUCAACACCCGCCUCGACACCGCUGGCAAGGCUGUUGAGCUGCUCAAGCUCUUCAACGAUGAGCUUGGCACCGUCUAUGAGCCGUUUGAGUACCACGGCCAUGAGACCCCUGAUGUCGUCCUCGUUGCCUUUGGCAGCGUUGAGUCCCAGGUCACCAAGCAGGUCCUGGCCAAGCUUUCUGCCGAUGGCGCCAAGGUUGGUGUCAUCAACGUGCGAAUCUACCGCCCCUUCAUCGAGGAGGCUUUCCUGAAGGCCAUCCCCGCCUCUGCUCGCACCAUUGCUGUUCUUGGCCAGGUCAAGGAUGAGCUUGCCGUCGAGGAUGAGGCUACUCAGUCCGCCCUCUACAGCGACGUUCUCACCACUGUUGCCUUCUCUGGCAAGUUUGACAGUGAGCCUGAUGUUCUUGACAUCAAGUACACUCCCGCUCAGGCCUUCACUCCUCAGGGCUUGGUCAACACCCUGCACAAGAUCUUUGGCAACGACGGCGAGGCCAAGAAGCUGCCUUCUCUCGUCCAGGCUCAGCAGUUCACCUUCUGGGAGCUCGAUAACUCACCUGCCAUCAACUCCCCCAGCGUCAUUGGUAACCUCCUCUCCAAGGAGUCUACCUCCAACGUCUACGUCAAUGAGGUCUUUGACAACCUUACCCAGGGCGGUAUCGUCCGCAGUGACCUCCGAGCCUCCAAGAAGGCUCUUGAGGCCCCUUACGACAUCAACGAGGCCAGCACCAUUGUUGUUGGUGAUGAGAAGAUCCUCAAGGAGGUUGAUAUCAUUAGGGGUCUCGCCGAUGGCGGCAAGGUCAUUAUCAAGCUCUCCAACUUCAAGGAUGACGAGGUUGAGAAGCGACUCCCUGUUGCUUUCCGCAAGGGACUACAGGAGAAGGCCGCCGAGCUCUACAUCCUGGACGCUUCUUUCUCCCCUGCUUUCGAGAAGGAUCCUCUCUUCGCUAAGCUGCUUCUCGAGCUGUCCUUCCUCAAGGUUGCUCUCCCUGACAUCUCCCCCAAGGAGAUUGGACAGUACAUCCUUGCUGAGGGUCAGGCCCCUACUCUGGAUGAGGCCACUGAUGCCAUCGGCCAGUGCCUCCGCCAGUUCGAGGUUCCCGCUGCCUGGGCCGAGGUCGAGGCUGACUUUGUCAACCCCAACCUCCCCCGUACCAUCCAGAGCAACAGCUUCGUCGCCCACCAGAAGGAGGAGGUCGAGGAGACCCUUGAGCUCCGUGACUGGCAGGUCGCCGCCAAGUCCCUUGCCUUCAAGGAGGCUUAUGGCACCAAGACUGCCCUCCGGCCUGACCUCUCUGUCAAGACUGCCACCAUCACGGUCAAGGAGAACCGACGUCUCACUCCCAUGGACUAUGACCGUAACAUCUUCCACAUCGAGUUCGACCUCGGCGACUCAGGCCUUACCUACAAGAUUGGUGAGGCUCUGGGCAUCCACGCCGAGAACGACGUGGAGGAGGUCAACCAGUUCAUCGAGUUCUACGGCCUCAACCCCGCCGAGCUGGUCCAGGUGCCUUCUCGCGAGGAUCCUUCUCUGAUGGAGGUCCGCACCGUCUACCAGGCUCUUGUCCAGAACGUCGACAUCCUCGGAAAGCCUCCCAAGCGCUUCUACGAGGCCCUUGCCGAGUUCGCCACCGACGAGACGGAGAAGAAGAAGCUCGAGGCCCUUGGCGGACAGGAGGGUGCCGAAGACUUCAAGCGCCGAUCCGAGGUGGACACCCUCACCUAUGUGGACAUCCUGGAGGAGUUCAAGUCGGCUCACCCCAGCUUCCACGACCUUGUUAAGAUUGUCAGCCCCCUGAAGCGCCGAGAGUACUCUAUCGCCUCUGCCCAGGCUGUCACUCCCAACUCGGUGUCCCUGAUGAUUGUCGUGGUCGACUGGGUCGACCCCCGUGGCCGCACUCGAUAUGGCCAUGCCACUCGCUACCUCAGCCGUCUGCCGGUCGGCGCCAAGCUCACUGCUUCGGUCAAGCCCUCGGUCAUGAAGCUCCCCACCAAGGACACUGCUCCUCUCAUCAUGGCUGGUCUCGGAACUGGUCUCGCUCCCUUCCGUGCCUUUGUCCAGUACCGUGCUAUGCAGAAGGCCCAGGGCAAGGAGAUCGGCUCCAUCCUCCUGUACCUCGGUUCGCGUCACCAGCGCGAGGAGUACCUCUACGGAGAGGAAUGGGAGGCCUACUUGGCUGCUGGCGUCGUCACUCUUAUCGGCUCUGCCUUCUCUCGUGAUCAGCCUCAGAAGAUCUACAUCCAGGACCGUAUGCGCCAGACUCUUAAGGAGAUCGCCAAGGCUUACAUCCAGGAUGAGGGCAGCUUCUACCUGUGCGGUCCUACCUGGCCCGUUCCUGAUGUGACCAAGGUGCUCGAGGAGGCCAUCGCCCACGAGGCCAAGGCUGCGGGCAAGAAGAUCGAUCCCCGCAAGGAGAUUGAGAAGCUCAAGGAGGAGGGACGAUAUGUCCUCGAGGUCUACUAG